UCGCGGGCGCUCGGCGCGGCCGGGCGCCGUUUCCAGCCGGACGGGUUACGGGCGCGGACGGCGCCAUGGCGGCCGCGGCGGGCUGAGGGGACGGCGCGGGCCCGCCAUGUUCGCCAGGGCGUUCCGCGUCAGGGCCAACUCCGGCAUCAAGGGCUCGGACCGGAGGAAGCUACGAAGUGAUGUGGCAGCAGCUUUUCCCACCCUGAGCACUGAACAGCUGGCUGAGUUGGUUCCAAACAAGGAGGAGCUCAAUGUCAUCAAAAUAUACUCUCACAAAGGGGAGGCCAUCACUGUUUACAUGAACCACAGGAACCCAAUACUGUUUGAAGCUGAGAAAGUUCUGUAUCCAACAGUGUACACUCUGUGGGUCUACCCAGACCUUCUCCCUGCCUUUGCAACAUGGCCCCCAGUGCUACAGAAACUUGCAGGAGGUGCAGACCUGAUGCUGCCAGGAGUUGUGGUGCCGCCUUCUGGCCUCCCUCAAGUGCAACGGGGCACGCUCUGUGCCGUCACACUGCUGGGAAACAGAGCUCCUGUGGCAGUUGGAGUUGCCACCAUGUCCACAGAGGAGAUGCUGGCUGCUGGAAUGAAAGGGAAGGGCUUUGCUGUGCUGCACACUCACCUGGAUCACCUCUGGGAGUAUGGUGACAAAUCUUCUCCUCCCACCUUAGCUCCCUUGGUAACGGAUUCUGCUGCGAUGGAGAGUGCUGGAGACGAGGAAGAGCUGCAGGGGAAGGAGCGUGGCAGCAGCUGCUCCCCUGAGCCAGAGCAGCACGUGGACAUCAGGGAUUUGAGCCUCAGGGACAGAGACACUUGUGCAGAGCUGCUGGGGAAGGAGGAGCUCCAUGAGAACAGAGCUGCAGAGCCAGCUGAGGAUGCCAGCACAGAGGACCACCAGGAGGCUGAGGACAGCAGGACCCCACAAGAGCAAAUGGAUGCAUUGUUUAAUCAGUGCUUUUUCCAUGCCUUAAAAUGCAAAGUAAAGAAGUCAGAUCUCCCUCUGCUCACCAGCACAUUUCUAGGCAGCCACAUGGUCUCCUGCUGCCCUGCUGGAAAACAACUGGACAUAAAGAAAUCAAGCUAUAAGAAGUUCUCUAAAUUCCUGCAAUGCAUGCAGCAGCAGAGGAUCUUACAAGUGAAGGAGCUGAGCAAAGGUGUGGAGAGCAUCGUGGACGUGGACUGGAAACACCCAGACAUUAAAGCAUUUGCAGUGCCUGAAGGAUUUUCCUCAGCCUCUGCUGGCCAAGACAGCAAAAGUGAAGACAGAGAACAAGUGUACCAUGCUCCUGAAAUCAUUCCACUUUAUGGGGUCUCCACAAAAAUGAUCCCACUCUUUCAGGAAUCUGGACACAGAAAAGGCAGCAUCCUCUCAAGCAGUGAGGUGAGAAACAUCAUCAUUAACUACGUGAAGAGUAAUGAGUUGGUUGAUGAAACAAACAAAAACUUAGUAAAGGUGAAUGCCAUUCUGUGUGACUGCCUGUUGGAUAAAUCAGAACAGGAUGAGAUCUCACACCUUAAAUGGGAUGAACUCUUGAGCAGGUGCCUGGAACGACUGCAGCCCUUACACCAGGUGACAUUUUCUGGACAAGAACCCGUGGUGAGGAAAGGAAACAUCGAGCCCAUUGACAUCAGCAUAGCACAGAGAUCAUCAAACAAGAAGGUGACAAUUAUCAAGAACCUUGAGCUCUAUGGUCUGGACCCACAGUGUGUGGCCAACACUCUCCAGCAAAGGGUCCAAGCCAGUGCCACCAUCAGCCCAGCACCAGGAACAAAGGACAGAGUCCAGGUCCAGAUCCAAGGCAACCAAAUCCAUCAUCUGGCCAAGAUGCUGCUCGUGAGCUCUUGGUUGUGUUGCAGAAGAAUUUCAGCUACCUCGGAAAUACAUCCAAGGCCUGGAGAAGGCUCCAAAGCUUGGCCGCAAGAAGUAGGAGAAAAAUCAGCUGUAAGGAUUGCUCAACUCUCAUUAUUUAUAAAAGUGUUUGCUGCCAGCAAAUCAAGGAUCAUGCACAGGCCCUGCUCAUUCCAAAAUGAGUCCUGGAUGUUUACAAGGUCUGGAAUUCACCCAAAUAAUAAUAUUGCUCCAGGUGUUCAUUUUUCAUAAAAAUAAAAAGCUCAAUAAACCCC